ACUUUAAAUUAGAAAGAAAGCACCUAUAAAUUAAUUGCCAAAUUAAUUCAAACUUAACCGAAAAAGAGAAAAUGGUACAAUUUACAUUCAAGGCUAAAAAUUACUAUUCCUUUUACAACACACCCGUGCACAAUUUUGACACCACAAAAAAAACUGGCACUUAGUGAUGCACUUUCAUUACAAAUAGGAAACGCUACAACUUCACAAAUUAUUGACGUUUGCAACAGCUGAUUUUUGUUUGUUUUCUGUCGAGUGUAAACAAACCGCAUGCUUAUUAUCUCAAAAUACGAUGGAUCUUUUUGAAGAUAAAAUAUUUAAGAACGACGUACUCUACAUGAAAAGCCUAAUAGGACGAACUGUUAAAGUUACCACUAUGGACGAUGAACAUUUUACAGGCACAGUGUAUGUCAUUGAUCCAAUAUAUAAGGCCAUUGUUCUUCACACUAGGAAGUCUGAUUCUACCACAUUCGACAUGCAUAUGAUACUCCAUCACGCCAUUAAGUCAUUGGAUAUCGAAUCAGAGCUUGUAGAUGAAAAGUACCUUGAGACUGAGCCUCAGGUAGUGGACAGUGAAGAAGUAACUUCAAGGAAAUGCAGGGUGAAAAGGUGGCUUGAGAGAAUGUUUAUUAGUGUGAAUGAAGUUGGAGAUUACUUAAAAAUAGACGACCAUUUACUCAUUAUGCCUCCUUAUGGAUUAAAUAACUGCAUUUGUAAUAGUACUAUUGUAUUAGAGAAAAUCCAAAACCUAAUAUUGUCAAUGCCUGAUGAUUUUCAAUAGUUCAUUAAAAAAUGUAUCAUAGGGUAUAUAAUUUAUUUCAUUUGUAAUAUAUAUUAUAAAUAUAA